CCAGCCAGCGUCCCCGAAUUGCGCCUGCGUGCGCGGCGUCGACCGCAGCGGGGUUUGCAGCUGCUGCGUCCUCUAGGAAGCGAGAGUCAGGUCGGGCCGCCGGCCUGUUGCAGGGGCCGCCAUGUUGCGCUCCGCUGCUUUUCGGGACCUCUUUAGACGUUCGAUUAAACAGAUCCGAUGUUUUCAUACGACAACUUCAUGCAAUGGUGGUGGAGGAGCUUUGUUUGUGCACAGAGAUACUCCUGAAAACAAUCCAAAUACCCCAUUUGAUUUUACACCUGAAAACUAUAAGAGAAUAGAAGCAAUAGUAAAUAACUUCCCAGAGGGACACACAUCUGCAGCUGUCAUGCCAGUCCUGGAUCUAGCCCAAAGACAGCAUGGAUGGCUACCUAUAUCUGCUAUGAAUAAGGUUGCUGAGAUUCUACAGAUACCUCCAAUGAGAGUAUAUGAAGUUGCAACAUUUUAUACAAUGUAUAAUCGUAAACCUGUUGGAAAAUACCAUAUUCAGAUCUGCACUACCACACCUUGUAUGUUGCAGGAUUCUGACAGCAUAUUGGCUGCUAUUCAGAAGAAGCUUGGUAUAAAAGUUGGGGAAACAACACCUGAUAAACUCUUCACUUUGAUUGAAGUAGAAUGCUUGGGUGCCUGUGUAAAUGCACCAAUGGUGCAAAUAAAUGAUAAUUAUUAUGAAGAUCUGACAACAAAAGAUAUUGAAGACAUAAUUGAUGAACUAAAAGCUGGGAAAGUUCCAAAACCUGGUCCAAGGAGUGGGCGCUUCUCAUGUGAACCAGCUGGUGGUCUGACUUCUCUGACAGAACCACCCAAGGGGCCUGGAUUUGGAGUUCGGUCUGACCUUUAAGACUGUAUAGACUAUAAGAAAUCACUUGAGAAAAUAACAUCCAAAACUGUUGACAGCUCAAAAUGAGUAUUCAAUUUUGAACAUAAAUAUGUAUGAAUGUUAACUGAUAGUUCAAAAGUAUUGGAGGGACGUCUAAAACCUUAUUGUCGAAACACAUGGAAAUGCCUUUAAAUUAUUGCUGAAUAAGAAUUGUAAUGGGGCCAGGAAAGAUUUGAGUAAGCCUCAAAUGCAGAAUAUAGCUGAAUUAGUUUCAUAUAACACUCUUUAAAUGGUAGCACAUAAACAGUGCUUACAGACUUCUGAAUAAAACAAAUUUUACUUAA